CGGCAAGCAUCCUCGCGCCCCGGCCCGCGCCGCCAACGCCGCGUCUGGGGCUGCGGGCUCCGGAGGCCGUCCGACGCCACCAUGCCGGUCUCCCCGGUCAGCAGCCGCAGUCGGCCGACCCUCGGGCAGACUAUUACCUCACAGCCGAAGUCCAUUAGCUUUCCUGGUAAGGUAAAGGCAACGCAAACAAGAGGAUAUUUUGGUGCAAACCAAAGCAGAAUGGCUGUUUCAAGAACUGCGAUGAUUCUACCUGACAUGAAAUCAGCAGAAAAACUGAAUAGUCCCACCUCAAGGACAGUCACACAGGUGUUUGAUGCAAAUGGAGUUGAUGUUACUCCCCGACCCCUUUACCGUUCAGAUACACACGUUGGUACAGCAAAGCCAAGUAAACUACUGACGUCACAAGAAGGAUCACGUGGGUCCGACUAUAUAUCUUCCUAUAGCUUUUAUCAGAAUACGCUAAAUCCCAGUAUGUUAGGGCAGUUUACAAGGUCGGUUUUAGGCAGCAGCACAGUUUCUAAGUCCAGUGUAUCGACUACUGAAUCGAUAACGGAAGACCUAGAAGAGCCAUCCUACAAACGGGAAAGAUUGGCUAGUUUUACAGAUUUACGAGUUUUGAGGACAAUACCUGGGAAAAUUUUAAAAGAAGACCUGGAGAAGACUAUAGAGAUAAUACUCACAGAGACAGAAACACUGAGACUUUUUGACCUACCAACAGUCAUGCUCUCUGUGGAAUCUGAGGAAGCUGAGAAAGUAAGCCAGAGAAACAAGAAUUAUGAGAUCCUUUGUAGAAAUAGAUUAGGCAAUGACUUAUAUGUUGAAAGGAUGAUGCAGACUAUUAACGGAGCACCAAAGAAUAAAGAUGUUCAAUGUGACAGAAUCAUAAAGGAAGACAAAGGCAUAAUGUCCACCGCUUGGGAUUUGUAUGACUCUUUGAAUGCCUUGGAGCUCUCCUCUCUACCCGCGAAAUGGCCUGCAGCUGAUUCACGUAGUAGAACAAACGUGGCUGCUAAACCUCGGGAGCAAAGAGCGCCAGGGAGCACUACCGAAAAAAAUAGUGAGGCUAGUUCACUAAUGGACAUAGAAAACGUGAUUCUAGCUAGAAUUCAUGACGAUGAAGAAGACCGCUCAGAGGCAAUCCUGAAAUCUGACAAGUUUCACCAGGACCUAUUUUUUAUGGAACGAGUUCUAAUGGAAAAUAUAUUUCAGCCCAAACUGGCAGCUUAUCGUCAGCUUCCUGUUUUAAAAGAACCAGAACCUGAAGAGCCUAAAGAAUUUUUACAAGGUAAAAAAGUUGAAGAGGUAGAGGAAGAGGUUAAGAAGGAAGAGGAAGAAGAAAUAGAAAUAAGUGCAGAACAGUCAACAAUACCAGCCAAUUUGGAACGACUUUGGUCCUUCUCCUGUGACUUAACCAAAGGCCUUAAUGUGAGCAGCCUUGCCUGGAAUAAAAUAAAUUCGGACCUUUUGGUUGUUGGCUAUGGGCACUUUGGAUUUAAAGAGCAAAAAAGAGGAUUGGCUUGCUGCUGGUCAAUAAAGAAUCCUACGUGGCCAGAACGUAUUUAUCAGAGUCCAUAUGGAGUCACUGCUGUGGAUUUUUCAAUUGGAUCACCCAACCUUUUAGCAGUUGGCUAUCACAAUGGCACCAUUGCAAUUUAUAACGUGCAGAGCAACAGCAACGUUCCAGUUCUGGAUAGCAGUGAAUCCCCUCAGAAGCAUUUGGGACCUGUAUGGCAGCUACAGUGGAUAGAGCAAGAUCGAGGCACAACAGGUGACGAUAAAAGAGAAAUACUAGUUUCUAUAUCAGCGGAUGGAAGAAUCUCCAAAUGGGUUAUACGGAAAGGACUGGACUGUCAUGAUUUGAUGCGUUUGAAGCGAACUGCUGCCAGCAGCAACAAAAAAGGAGGGGAAAAAGAAAAGAAAGGUGAAGCUUUGAUAUCUCGACAGGCUCCUGGAAUGUGCUUUGCUUUUCACCCCAAGGACACAAAUAUUUAUUUGGCUGGCACUGAAGAAGGUCAUAUUCACAAAUGUUCUUGUUCGUAUAACGAACAAUACCUGGAUACCUACAGAGGACAUAAGGGUCCAGUGUAUAGAAUAGCAUGGAACCCGUUUUGUCAUGACGUGUUCUUAAGCUGCUCUGCAGACUGGGGUGUUGCUAUAUGGCAACAGGAGACUCUCAAGCCAUUUUUGAGUUUUUAUCCAACUACUUAUGUUGUUUAUGAUGUUGCCUGGUCUCCGAAAUCAUCCUAUAUAUUUGCAGCUGCAAACGAGAGCAGAGUGGAGAUUUGGGACCUCUACAUCAGCACUUUGGACCCUCUGAUUGUGAAUGUUGCUAAUCCUGGAAUCAAGUUCACAACUGUUCUAUUUGCCAAACAAACAGAUUGCCUUCUAGUGGGAGACAGUGAUGGACAGGUUGCUGUGUAUGAACUAAGAAAUAUGCCUACUGCUUUGGAUUCUGGUCGGGGAGACAUAAUAGAUACUUUGCUUGGACCCAAGUCACACCAACCAGGAUAAUUCAUCAUUACCCAUAUCUUUUGUUGUUGUUGUUUAAAGAAAAAGGAACAGUGUUUAACAUUCAUAGUCCAAUUUGCAGUAAGCUGGGGUUUUUAUUUUAGAAAACAAUAUUUGAUAUAUAACUUCCAUUUAAAUUUAAUAUAAAGUUAAUAAACUUUUACUUCAGAGAUACGUGAUUAGUCUGUGAUCUAAUCUAAUUGUAAGAGCUGUGUUGGGAUUUUCUUAGAAUAGAGUAGGAAUAUCUUUUCCUACUCUGUUUCUUAAAAGUCAUGUUCCAACAACAUAUAAGUACAUAUAUAUGUACUUACAAAAUGUCCAAAUAGGUUAGAAAAUAAUUAUUCCUUUAGAAGCAAAGCUUUGAAAUUAUUAGAUUUACUUAAGCCAAAAUCAUUAUUAAAACAAACUUUCAUAGGCUUUUAAAUCUUCUGCCUUCCAAGCUCUGUUUUCUAGGGCUUAUAAAUCAAACAGGUGUUAGUAUUACGAGAAUGUGGGGUUCUCAUACCCAACUUGGAAUCAGAAGUUUAUCCUCUGAGUUCUGAGAGCUGAAGCUGUGGACCUUUGUUAGACUAUUCGAUAAGCACAAGACAUGACAGCAGUGUCAGAAUCGCACUCUUUGACCAGCAGGGACCAGACCCCCAAUUCAGUGAGAAUUAGGUGGGGACACAUCAGGCACCCUUCUCUGCGGCACAGAAUCUGCUCUGGGUUUUAAGCCCAGACUUAAGGGGGCCCAAAGAGAAAACAGAAAGUCCCUGAUCUAUAGUUCGCCUCAGGAUGUUAUUUUAUGGAGGGUUCUAGAGCCGGCUUGUGGAAAUAGGAGGAGAGAGGGGCAGCAGCUCCGCCAGUUCAGUCUGUUCAGUGCUGUUUGUUUGAACAAAUCCCGGACUUUGUUAACUGAGGCCAGAGCACAGUGUGCCCUGUUGUAUAAAGCGUUCUAAGUGGAGAGGAGAGGAUAAGGCAUUUAAAACCCACUGAACUCUCUGAAAAUAAAAUACAUAUAGUGAAAACUGGGAAUGGAAUCAGUGUAACAGUGGGAACUUCCUUUACGAGUAUCCAUUUCUUCACAAUCUCCAUUUCUUUGGAACCAUCCUUUAAACAAAGGCAAGGCAGUUUUUAGCUGGACUGAGAGCUUGGUCAGGUUAUCAGGUUAUACAGGAUCAUAAAUUUCCUCCUGGUAUGAGUCAUUGUGAUUCUUCUCCUUGUCUUUCUGAAAGGUUGGACUUUCUAUAACACUGUGUAACAAAAUAAAAGCUUGAUUUAAUUGAAA